GGAAAGCGCUGCAGAAGUUGAGGCUGGGACUUAAAGUCCAGAAACUGACAGAGCCCAUAGUUAGUAUCCUCGCAGACAAUCGUACUAUGAUUGUAGAGGAUUACGUAGAGGGAGUCCAGGCGUAUUUCCGCCUAGAGAAAGAUGGGAAAGUGGAGAAGGUCCUCCACUCCCUGACUCUCCUCGUAGAGGACAGCCUCCCAUUUGACAUUGUCCUGGGAAUGGAUUGGGGAGAGGCAGCCGGGGCCACGCUCCAUUUGAAGGAGCACGAGUGUAGGGUCCCUAGUUCGUCAGGCGAGGCCAAGACUGCCCGCCUGUUCCAUGUGUCACGGGUAGAGAAUUCCUUGGCGCACUGCUGCCUUAGUGCCCUCGCGUUCGCCAGACUGGUGAAGAAGGAGGGAUUGGAGGAACAGGUCUUUGUUGCCUAUGUUAGGCCAGUGACUGAGCCUACGGAGGAGAAGCCGAUGGACCCCGCGAUUGCCAAGCUGCUGGAAGAGUUUAAGGAUUUGACUGAGCCGUCGACAGGCACGGUGCCGCGGCCCAUCCAGCACCGUAUUGAGAUAGAGCCUGGCAGUAGAACUCCUAAGGGUGCGGUAUCAGGAUGGAAUCGAACAAGGGAUGUGUGUGUCAUGCGAUAUUGGAGAAGGAGAAGUGGUGGUGUAUAUGAGGUCUUCUACCAGUCUGCAGAACACCCAGCGUGCCCAAGACGCCCAGGAAUAACCAGGGUGGAGAUUAAGAGUGGGGGGUUUGUCAUUUCACCGCUCAGUGUGCGACCUGGCACGAAGACACCACGAUCAGCGGUUCAACAUGUUCUUGAGAUCGAUGCAAGCAAGUGGCCUCGUUGGCUCGGACCUAAAGAUGAGAAGUAUCAGAAGAAGCUGCGACUUUUGCUGUUGGGAAGGAUUGCAGGAAUCAGGGAGUGGUUUUCUUUGAGGGACUUCAGUGUUGAGGACUCAGAAGAGAGAGGUGGCCCCAGCAGGGCAGAUAUAUUUCCAAUUGAGUAUACUCCUGAGCUUGUGGGGAAUGAAGGUGUGAGCGCCGUAAAUGUAAAUGGCACCAUCCAUAGCUUGGACGGCAAGGACGGCAGUGGUCAGGGAAAGCUUGAUGAGACUCUGGCACAACCAGGCUUUCAGAAUGAGUAUGUUGCAGAUGUGCCCUUCGAGCUGAGUACGCGCAAGCAAUUGUCUCUGUCUGACAGUGAUGACGAGGAUCCUGACGACGAGGACUUCUUCGAUGCCCAAGAAAGUGUCUCCGCUACAUCCAGCCUUAGUCACAUCCAGUCGUUCAAGAGAGUCCUUUCAAAGGUGAUACCAUGAACACCAAAGACAGAGAAGAAGAAUCGCGAUCGCUCUGCACAGCUGGACUUAUCGGCCGUCAUCCUUGAUGACGCUUUUUUUAAGGGUUCUUUGGCCAGAGUGGACGCUGACGGUGGCAGUAAUGGGUGGAGCGUACCCCCAGGCAGCUUGUUCCUUGUACGUGGCCCGACAUAUUUCAAGGAUAAACGGAAGAUAGUGGCAAGCAAGGAAACCUUCUUGAGGGCUGUUGCAUUUGACUUUUUCAAGUCCAACAAGCGAUUGGAUCACGUGCUGGGUUUUGAAAAGAACGAGGUUAUGAAGGCCUGGAGGCAAGGCACAAAAGGAAGGCAUCGUCCAUUUAUGUUUGCAAUCAAUCUCCAGGUUCCAGGUUCGACAUGCUAUAGCGCCAUAACAUACUAUGUGUGCGAGAAGCCAAUCCCAGAAGGUUGCUUGUUUCACAGGUUCAUACAUGGAGACGACAUCUUUCGAAACGCUCAUUUCAAGAUGAUCCCAAGCCUGCACAAGGGUCCCUGGGUGAUGAAGCAAACUGUGGGCAGCAGGGCAGUCCUCCUUGGUCAAACCUUAGAAAUCACCUACAUCAAGGGUGACAACUACUUUGAGAUGGAUGUGGAUGCAGGUUCUUCGAUGGUGGCGAGUGGGAUCUUGCGCAUGACCUUCAGCUACAUCACCAAUCUUGUCAUCGAUCUUGCAUUUCUUGUGCAGGCAGACACCGAAGCGGAGCUUCCUGAAAUGCUGCUGGGCACUGCCUUUGAGAACAGAGGAUGGAGAGGCACGGGCAAGGAGGAGCGGGGGGCGGGUGGCGGCCGGCAGGAAGUGGGCGCUUGGUGUUGAGCAGGACUUACAUUUUGGUAGGGGAUGUUUGAAGGGAAGGUAGUUACACGUUUUUGUCGUUUUCUUUCCCUCAAGGUUUUUGCUUGGGUUUCAAGGACCUUGGAUACAAGUAUUGACUUUUAAGUUUUAAGCCUUCAUCAGGCAUGUUUAAUAGCAUCUGCAGAGAAGAUGAUGAGGGAUACAGAGGGAGAAAGAGAGAGUGGGGAGGGUUGCCGAGUGCUCUUUAUGAGCUCUAUUGUCUUCUAUGCUUGCAUUUCCACCCGUAAGAAGACUGUUUAGAGUACAUCAGACUCUCAGAACAACCUGGGGGAGACGCCUGAGAACAGUACAGCAGCAGGGGGAAGUAAUGACAGCGCCGCGCCCCAGUACGCCUGGGCUCAGGGUCAAUCAAACCUGACUGUGACCCUGAGUUAACCGGGUGGUUUCUUAAGUAGUCGUUAGUCGAUUAAACCACCAGUACUUCCUAAAGUCGCGCCCGUUAACGCUACGCGGUUUUAGGAAACGUACGGGCCACUACAGGAGCGCCCAAAUUCAUCCGACUAGAAACGUUUCUACUCAAUUUUUUUCCGCGGCCGAUAGCUGGGCCGAGUACUGGUGGUUUAACAUGCUCCUCCCGGUUAACUCAGGGUCACAGUCAGGUUUGAUUGACCCUGAGUCAACUGACACAGCGGAUAAAGGUAGCAACCCCUCGCUACACCAUAACAUCGCUGGCAGAGUGUGCAAAAAGAUGAAGAGGAAAGAUUUGCCAUGAUGGCAAAGGUAGCGGAGCAUAGCUGUGGUCUUAAAAGUUUCCUCAUCGGCAAUUGUUGGCAUGGGUCAUUCCAUUAUAAAGUCACUUGCAGGGGACAAGGAGGCGGCGUUAUGACCCAUAUUAACCAUUAUUUGUGGUUUAGGGUUUUGGCAAUUCAGGGUGUAAGCAAUAGAAUAGAGUGGAGUACGAUAAUGUGACAGGCUGACAGGCGGAGGACAAUAUUAACCAAGGCUUGUGGUAUCAGGGGACAGCUAACAGGCAGAGGACCAUGAGAUCAAGAGUGAGGUAGAAAGGAAGGUGCACAGGUAGAGUACGGUGGCGCCUCAAGGCUAGCGAAUGGGGGUUAAGUAUCACAUUAACCAAGGUUUGUGAUUGAGGGUUUUGGCGAUUCAAGGCUAAGAUCCAGGUUAAGUACUAUCAGGCUAUACAGAUAACAUGCAGAGGACCAUGAAACCAAAGUGAGGUAGAAGGGGAGGAAGGUGCACAGGUAGAGUACUGUACCAGGGUCUCUUGAGAGCAAAGUGGGUGUAAAAUAGAGAGAUCAAUAAGCAUGUUAAACCAGCAGUACCCGCCCCCCCGCCUUCGAACGAGACUUCCGGCGGUAUACAAGGACGCCAUGUUUUCCCGUGUUCCAGCCUGGCGGGGACCACUUCAAUCCGUUCGCGUGCGCAAAAAAUAGGUUUGGCCAUUUAGGGUCUGCCGUACGGGUGCUUUAAAGCACGGUUUACGUGCAGUGCAAUUUGUAGGAAGAGGAAGAAGCUUUGCACGGAAGGCGCCGAAAGGCGGAACACUCGUCAAGAUCACUGAGCAAAUAGUAAAAUUCUCCCCCAUGGGGGAGUCGGGUUUCAAAUUUCCAUCACUUGCAUAUGCAGGACCAGAUGAGCAGCAUCGCGUUGGAAGUUUGGACAGCGCGCAGUAAGGUAACUGUGACUCUGUGAGGCUGCGAAAAAGCUAGGCCGAAGGAUAAUUUGAUUAUUAACACGAAUAUUUUUGCGACUUAAGGAAGGUGCAAAUUGCAGGUCAGAGAAGAAAAGCAAGGCACACACUGCAAGUGUUGGAAGAGCAAGCGGGUGAGCAACAGAGGUUGGCACACUCAUCAACAUCACCGUAGAAGCCGGUCCUCCGUACGGAAUCGGGGUUUAAUCAUAUUCCUAUUUAGGAAGCAAUGGAGAACU